AUGAAUUUUUUUCACGAUAACUUCAACUUCUUCAACAAGUUCAUAUUAUUUUUGCAGUCACCAACAAGUUCGUCUUCUUUCUCCAACCAACAACAACUUCAUAUUUUUUACUAUUUACAUUCAUAUUCUUCUUUCACAACAUUGUUCAACAAGCGAACCUUCAAUAUUAUCCCAUACAGUCGCUUUGCUUACAAAGUUCGUAUUGAUAGCCAAUUUGCUAAGGUAUUAAGUUGUGAUAACGAUGCUAAUGAUGAUGUACAACAAAGUUCAAAUGAUGAAGAUGAUUAUGAUAAUGACAAUGAUGAGGAAUCAGUUGGAAUGGAGUUGUCAAAUAACCAAGCAGUUGUAGGUGAUAGAUUGGUGAUAAUAAAUUCCAUUACUUCAGAUGAAAUUCGUGCUAUGAAAUUUGGAAAUGUGAGUGAAGCUUAUGAGUUUUAUUAUAGGUAUGGAAAAUGUAAAGGUUUUGCAAUUAGGAAAAUUCAUGUUAGGCGAAGAGGGCUCGAAGGGAAUAGAACGUGUCAUAUAAUGGGGUACAUGGUUGCUCAAAAGGGUGGAUAUAAUGAUGUUGGUUUUACAAAGAAAGAUCGAAGUGAAAUCAUCUACGAAUCCUAUGUAUAUGCAGAAUAUUCUGUCAAUAAUGAUGGAAGAUUAAAGUCAUUUUUUUGGGCAGGCGACAGUAGUAGAUUAGACUAUUUCUGUUUUGGCGAUGUUCUUUCGUUUGACACAACUUACAAGAAGAACAAAUACAAUUAUUUGUUGGUUAUAUUUUCUAGUUGCAACCAUCAUUCAUAG